AUGGCCGAGACUUCUCGACUGGUCUGUGAGUCUGACCGUAGGUAUGGCACCUCAUCAGCCCGUGAACUACAUGCAAAGCAAAAAGUACAUGCAAACCAAGCUGAGCACGACGGCGAGGAAGUGCAUGAUCAUGAUAUCGACACCGAGCGUCGUCUUCUUCGCAAAGUCGAUAUCCGACUCUGUUCGAUAGCUGCCAUACUAUGCUCUUUGAACUUGCUCGACUCUGGGGUCAUCAGCUCGGCGUCCGUCACGUCAAUGAUUUCUGAUCUCGACCUGACUGGGAACAGAUACUCUGUGAGUAUUUUCAUCUUCACACUCGCUAGCAUCACUUUCCAGCUACCCUCGACGAUAGCUAUACGAAUAUUUGGCCCACGGAAAUGGCUAUCGUUUAUUACAGUCUCUUUCGGUAUCAUCACCUUUGGCACAGCAUUCGUUCACAAUUGGAAGGAGAUGAUUGCUCUUCGAGUGCUUCUUGGCAUUGCUAUGUCUGGCAUAUACCCAGGACUGAGCUACCUCAUCUCGACAUGGUAUCUGAGGAGCGAGCAGCAGACGCGAUUCGCAUACCUGCAAAGUGGACAAGUCAUCAUUCUGGCCACUGGCGGCAUUGUCAACUUCGCCUUAAACAAGCUUGAUGGCAGAGCUGGGCUGGCAGGAUGGCGUUAUAUGUUCUCGGUACAGGGCCUCAUCUCCAUAAUUAUCGGCUCCAUUACAUACUUCUGGAUGGUAGACUUCCCUGACAACGCUCACCAUAGCCUGUGGUUUGUGACGGAAAAGGAGCAGGCACUUGCAGUCUCGCGCAUUGAGAGUGACCGCAAAGAUGCUCAUGCCGAGCCGUUCUCUUGGCCAAACAUUCUGGUCCACGCCAAGGACAUCAAGGUCUACGGUUUUGCCUGCAUGCUCUUCUGCCUCAACCUGGUGUCCACAUCGCUCUCCUACUUUCUACCGAUCAUCCUGCAAAGCGGUAUGGGUUUCAACGAGAGCGAGUCGAUACUUCUGUCGGCCCCGCCUUACUACUAUGCUGUCAUCCCAGUGAUCGUGUCCUCGAUCGUAAGCGACCGAUACAGACUCCGCGGACCAGUCAUUGUCUUCAACUCUGUUUGCCUGAUCCUGGGCUUCUGUAUGCUAGGCUUUGUCGAUCAGGUCACAGUACGCUAUAUCGGAGCUUUUCUCGCCACUGGUGCAUACAUAUCGAAUUGGAGUGCAUUGACAACAUACUAUGCAAACAACAUUGCAGGACAAUGGAAGCGGGCGUUCACUGCCGCGGUCGUCACAGCCAUGAAUGGCGCCGGUGGUAUUGCUGGUAGUUUCAUUGUGCGCCAGAACGAGGCUCCUUGGUAUCCUACGGCCGUCUGGACCAGUAUCGGCAGCCACUUGCUGCUCAUUGUGUUCAUCUUGGCCUUCUCUGCAUGGUUUGCUAUUACCAAUAAGCGCCAAAGAGACGGCAAAGCGCUCAUUGAGGCUACCGAAGAAUUUCGAUACACUUUCUGA